GGUCGCGGCGCUCUCCGCUCGCGCACUCUCGCCGUCCAGCUUUCUCCAACGGUCGCCUCCUGCCAGCUCCGGCUGCCGUUAGCUAGCUCAUGGGAGGAGUAGCGAGUCAUUCUCACGGAUGUUUUCAUAUCUCAACAUUAUGUCACACUGUGGAGUGAUCCGCUCGGGAAAAUGAAUGCGCGUUUUCCCCGCACAAGAAGACAAACCCCGCUCUUUAAAGACCGCUUUUCCCUUUCGACCUCGGUAGCUUUUUAGCGAGUCGGUUCGUUUUUUUUUUUUUGACAAGCGAGAGUCUCACCAUCAUCUGCCCGCUGCUGCCGCUCUCUGACGGGGGGAGAGAAGGUGGGAAGGAGGGAUCGGACAAAGCCAGUCAGAUGUUUUAAAUUAUCAAGCUAUUUAUUAAUCUGUUGUCAAAGUGCCAGGGAUAGAAGAGGAGGAGGAGGAGGAAGGAGGAGGAAGGAGGAGGAGGACGGGCUAUUUUUGGAGGUUGGAGGGCGAGAGUUUGGAUCUCGCACCGAAGAGGAGGAGAGGAGGAGGAGGAGGAGGAAGGAGGAGGAAGAAGAGGAGGAGGAAGACCCGCAGAGAAGAAGAAGGGACGUAAGGGAGGAAAAUCCUGAUGCCAGUGAUGGCAAACGAGCCGAUCAUCCUAAACGUCUAUGAUAUGUACUGGAUCAAUGAGUUUACCAGCUCUCUGGGCAUUGGAGUCUUUCACUCAGGGAUCGAGAUCUAUGGAAGAGAGUUUGCCUAUGGCGGACACCCGUACCCAUUCUCAGGGAUCUUUGAGAUCACACCAGGGGACGCAACCGAACUCGGCGAGACCUUUAAAUUCAAAGAAGCCAUAGUCCUGGGCAGCACCGACUUCACGGAGGAGGAUGUGGAGCGCAUUGUGGAGGAGAUGGGGAAAGAGUACAAGGGCAAUGCCUACCACCUCAUGCACAAGAACUGCAACCACUUUUCCUCAGCACUGUCAGAGAUCCUGUGUGGCAGGGAGAUCCCUCGCUGGGUCAACCGCCUGGCCUACUUCAGCUCCUGCGUGCCAUUCCUCCAGAGCUGCCUGCCCAAAGAGUGGCUGACCCCGGCUGCCUUACAGUCCAGCGUCAGCCAGGAGCUCCACGGAGGAGGGGAGCUGGAAGAGGCAGAGGACGCCGCUGCCACGGCCUCCCUGGCAUCCAUGUCGCCCUGCUCACCAUCCUCCUCUAGCCCUUCUUCCUUGCCUCGUCAUUCCCGCCACCAGCCCCGCCGGUAAAACUAAGACUGUCAGGUGCUAGAAUACCUACAGCAGCUGAUGAGUCCGGUUACAGCCCGAAGUCCUGUCAGACUGUUCUUGAGCAAGGCACUGAACUGACUGACCUGCUCUUGGUAAGAAUGUCAGCCAAAAUCUCUGCAAUGAUCCAGAGCAGAGGAAGGGGUUUCUCCUCACAGGUGGAAGGAACUCUUGCUGCUGACAAAGGCAAGAUCAGCUUUCAUUAUUUUACCAGCCAACUCGCAGCGCAGAACGGAUGCAAGGCCAGUUGUUUUUAAGUGUUUCAUGAUUUAGGAAAAUUUACCAGUUACGUUUUAACCAGCAGUUAGUUGGUGGAUGGUGCUAAUCCCUAUUUUUUUCUUUUUGUUUGUAUUGGAAACCAGUGAGAGGGGGAUGCCAAGAGUCCAAGCUCAAGGAGUGACCUGUAAGAACCUGAUUUGGCAGAGUUAUCCAAAACUAUUCAACCAUCCAACACAUUAUCAUUCCUGAGUUUCUGCCUUUUCUUUCUGGUGAAAUACUCGAUUGUUUUAGCUGUCGAGGCUGCCGGGUUUGUUCUAAAAACACUGAUGAAGUCUCUGAAAUUUAGCAAUCUACUGCUUGCAACAUUGACUUUGCUUUUUCUCUGCAUUUCUCUAAUUUAAGCCCAUGUUGUGUAGACCCUUGUUUUCCUGCUGUAAUGUGAAUACGCCUUAAGGGGUCUAUUUAAAAAAAAUUGUAAUCCUGAACAUCUAAACAGUCUGAGCUUUUCUUGGCGAGUGUGGUGGACGUCAACGCUCGGAUGUGUCUGCAGUCUGACACCAUCUGAAGAAAAACCGUUUGUUUGUUGUCGUCAUUUUAAAUAACCACUAGCCAAGCGCUGCUAUGAUUUGGUCUGCGGCUGGUAAAUGUUCCCACUGCAGCCAGCUGUAGUUAAAAGAUGUCCUUAAUAUUUGGCUGGUAAAAUUUUGAAAGCAGCAAGUGAAGUUAGGACUCGAUAUACACUUUGCCUCAAAGCGCUGUGUGUGCAUCAGGACCUCAGCCUUUUUGUUAUUUUACUCUCACAGCGAGCUGGAUUGACUUUAAAGCCAGAACUACAAUCAGCUUCACUUUUCCUCAAACACCACACAGACACAAAUAAACAGAUCCAGCACGAGUGUCAAAAUGGGUAAAAAUCAUUUGACACACCUCGGAUGGGUUCAGUUCGAGGUCGUCUUUCAUUUCUUUGCCCCUUUUAUCCGUAGCAGCUCUUCAAACGCUACCCGCCCAUCUUUAUGGAUCAACCAACCAUGAUUUGAGGAAAGCAGAUUUUCUUAAAUGUAUCGCCAAUAAUUUAAUAUUGUUAAUUUAGUCUAAAUAAAUGAAGAAUUAGGUUGCAGGGCAGGCAGUGACUUACAGGUUAGAGAAGACUUUUACUUACCAGAAGGUUCUGGUUCUUUUUCUCAGUAGCUAACUGCCAAGGUGCCUUUUGAGCAAGGUACUUAACCCACGUGUGUUCCAGUGGCCAGCAGUAGAAGACUGUGGUCGUACUGGACCUGCUCCCAGUUAGUCAGCGUGUUCGUAUUUGUUAUCGUAAAAAAAAGCGAAAUGUUUUGUCUUGACCCGAGCGAUUCAUGGUUAAAAGUUUACGUGAAGGGACGUGAUGUCAGCCCGUUAUAGUUUGUAAUCUACAUAAAUAUCUGAAGAAGACGUUGAAAGAGGAAGAGCGAAGUGAAAGCUGCACUCCUGACUUUCCUCACAUCUGUAUCCAGCUAAGGAUGAAGCACAUCGAACAGUUUGAACUUUAGGAGAUUAUACUUUGAUGAAAAUCACUAAUUAAAGUUUGUAAACGGCGUAAUCAUCUUUUAAAAAUGUGCAAAGCAUCAUUUUACGCUUUUUACAAAAAGAUGCUGCUUUUCCCAAACGAUGAGCACCUCAUUUGAAAAACAUGCUGUCAACAACAACAACAACAACAACACGUAAGCAACACGGAUGCUGCUGCGUGACGCGUACUGUCCUGAACAAGACCUAUGGAUGUUUGAAACAUAUUUCUUAAUCAAGUUUGCCUGUGUUGCUGGAAGUUUGUAGGAAAAUGUUGUCUGAAACCUUUUCUUUUCUUUUUUUAAACAUAUUUCUAUGAUAUAUAUAUGGACUCUGGCCUUUUUUGUCUGUUUUGUUUAUGCUUGACAAACUCAGGACUCCGAAAGGCUUUGUAAUAUAAUCCUAUGAACUUUUUUUAUCCCACAUUUUACGUUAGUUAUUGCGUUAAUGUUGCUUUUUUCUAAUGCAGUAGUCACUCCAUAGAGCCUUUCAAGAACGCACUGUGGCAGUGCGGUUUUAUAAACUCUGAUGAAAAAAAAAGAGCUUUUGUUUACAAUGUUUGUAUGUGAGCCUCUUUUGUUUUCUCCCCCCCUGUCUGUGCACGAAUGCGUGAGUGUGUGCGCACACGCUCGUAUUAUUAUAAAUGGUUAGUAUCAACAAGCUACCAACUGGGCCAAAUUUCCUUACAUCACACACACACACACAGAUACUCUGCAAAAGAGAUCCAUCAUGACAAAUGUAGCAGUGUUUCCAAUGUGUUUUUGGAUUUAAACUUUAUUUUCCACAAACUCAGUUUUCAGAUUUAUCUACUGGUAAAAAGUUUAUCUUCAGGACCUUUUUCUGUUUUUUAACAAACAACACAGAAGCAGUGUUAAAAACAAGACACGCAAUGACAUUUCUCAUGAAACCAGCAUACUGUAUUCAUGUGACUUUUUUUUGGAGUGAAAGGUUUCAACUCUGUGUAUUACGAUGUUCAUUUUAAUUUUUUUUAUGUUUUAGUAAGUCUGAAUAAGGAAAAAGUGAACUUUAUUUUUAAUGCACAGACAGACUGACACAUGUACCGCUCAUGUCGGCGCCCUCUGCUGACUGUUAUUCGAACUGUGGUUCUACAAACAGACGCUGAGGUUUCCCUUCAUCUUCAUAGCUCGGGAUAGUUUUCUGCCAGUGAUUAUUUCUGUCGCGCAUUUAUUAUCCACCAGAUAAAUUGGAUUCACCAAAUGUAGCCUUCCAUUUGAAAGAAAAUAUUACUUUAUGUUCAUAUAUCGACAUUUAACUUUAAAGAGGAACACAAAUCUCCAUCACUGAGGCCAAAGAUAGCUGUAACUUCACCAGUCUUCAGUUGAGUUGUCGUCACACGUGUCCAACAUUAAACCCUCAUUCUUUGAGUGAUUGUAGUGAUUUCAUUGUAAGAGUAAACGAUUAUUUGUGGGACACUCGUGUGAGCUAUGAAUGUAGAUAUGGGAAACCUCAGCCAUACAUACCUGGAAAAAAAAACUGACUUCAGCUGUUUUUUUUACAGUGAACUUUCACAGAGCCUUCAGAGGAGACGAACCGAUUUGUACCCUGUUGUAAAGUUAUUAAAGAAAGGUAUACAUCUGUUUGUCCUGUUCUGUGUCGUGACUGUUCUACAUUUAGUCCCAUGAU